AGAGAGAGAGAGAGAGAGAAAGAGAGGAGAUGGUAUCUUUUUGUGAAGUGAAGAGGUGGUGAGAUAGAGAGAGAGAAUGACGCAUUUAGUGGCCCGCACAGGUCGGCAUCAGCAGCGGUACGAAGAAGGUUGUCGCCUGGUUGCUGGGUGCAUCCCUUAUAGGUAUAGAACUAGCAAUGAGACUUCAGGAGAUAAGUCCAAUGAUUCUGUGGAAGUUCUUAUGAUUAAUUCUCAAAGUGGACCUGGCCUAUUAUUCCCAAAGGGAGGGUGGGAAAAUGAUGAAACGAAGGAACAGGCGGCUCUUCGGGAAGCAUUAGAAGAAGCAGGUGUCCAGGGGGAAAUAAUGGAGUUCUUGGGGUUCUAUGAAUUUAAGAGUAAAACCCACCAAGAUGAGCUCAGUCCAGAAGGUUUGUGCAGAGCUGCAAUGUUUGCUUUGCUUGUGACUGAGGAGCUUGUUUCUUGGCCCGAACAAAGCAUGCGACAAAGAAGAUGGCUCACAAUCCCCGAAGCAGAGGAGCAUUGCCGGCAUUCGUGGAUGAAAAAGGCUCUGCAGGAAGGAUUUUCCAAGUGGCACGCGUCAAAGAUGCAACAUGAUAAUGCAGAAAACCAGUCGCCUGACUCAGCUGAUAGAGACACAAGUUCCUAGUCUCUCUCUCUCUCCCCCCUCCUCUGCCAAGGGCAGGUAUCAAGGAAACCAAGGAAUUUUCUCCCCCCGCCCCGCUCGCCUGCCCGCAAAUUUUGCUAUGAAAUUUCAUUUCUUUACUCUUCUAUUCCUUUUCUAACUCCGUGACAUUGCUAGGGCAUCAGUUCUCACCGUGUGGUUAACAUUUGAGUGCCUCAAGUCCUUCAUACUUUGUGUAUAUAGAGAUUUUGUGCACCAUUCUUCACCGAUUAUGGUUUCCUAUGAGACUGAAGAAUUUUGUUGCAGGAAACUUGCUGGUUUGGCGGAUUUGGUAAUGCCUUUAACACAGGCCUUCCCGUAAAGAAAUCUGUGAUUUCUACCAUUGAAAUAGAUUUUGAAAAUUUGGGAGGCUUGAACUGCCAUGGUGCCUUCUAA